UGCGAGCAACAAGAUUAUCAGACAUUGUUUUUGCUUAUUGACAUUCACCUCUAAUUCUGCCAACUGUAAGUUUAGAGAGCAUCCGUUAUAUGAGCAUAGCAAAAACCGUGCUACGUUUGUACUCAAGAAAACCGCGAAAGUUCACCUAUCCCCCAUUUUUGGAUUUUAUGGGCAAUAGUUUUACAAAGCAAAACGUUGACAUGGACAGUGUACAGGCUCAGUUCGUGCGCGACACAAUUGCCAAUAAUAAGGUAGCAAUAUUCAGCAAAACUACCUGUCCUUACUGCACAAUGGCCAAAGAGCCAUUUCGAAAGCUCAAUGUCAAUGCCACGAUAGUGGAGCUUAACACACGUAAGGAUGGCAAUGAAAUUCAAUCUGUUUUGGGGGAAAUGACUGGUGCUCGCACUGUCCCUCGUGUCUUCAUUAAUGGCAAAUUUGUUGGCGGCGGCACGGACAUUAAGCAAAUGUACGAGAUGGGAACGCUACAAAAAUAUUUCGAAUAGUUUGCUCGACUUAAAGAAUUGUAUAUUUUAAUUUAAAUAGUGCAAAUUGUAAAGUUUUAAUUUAAUAAAGUUUUCCAAUUAUUUGAGAUAAAAGAACGUCA